AUGGUUUCCUCGCGACGCGGAUUCAACCCGAUAGCUUUCACCCCCUGGCCGGUGACGAUACUCUCCUCGUUGGUGUACCUCGCCCUGAUAAUCCCAAUCAUCGUUGUCCACCAUCUGGUUCCUCCCGCGCCAAAGGAAAGCCCUGCAGGUGUAGAUCUAGAGGAAGCCUGGCACGAUCUCCAACACCUGACUCGGCAGUAUCACCCUUACAACAGCCACUCAAACGAUGAAGUGCACCAGUGGCUCCUUAAGCGUAUCCACGCUAUCUCUGCAACCUCGGCUCGCUCAGAAUCCCAAUCGAGCCCAGAAGUCUUUGUUUUCGAUGAUAACCAAACAAAUUUAACGUUCUCCAGCGCUGGCGUUGCUGCCACAGCCAUUACCGGCGUAUACUUUGAAAGCAGAAAUAUCGUGGUCUACAUUCGCGGCACGGAAGACGAGCCGAGGGAAUGGUGGAAAUCUCCCGAUGGUGAACCGUCAGGAAGAGGUGGAGUGCUUGUAAAUGCACACUAUGAUAGCGUUUCUACCGGUUACGGAGCGACGGAUAACGGAGUUGGUGUGAUUACGACAUUGCAAUUACUCAAAUAUUUCACCACACCAGGACACUAUCCUCGGAAGGGCCUGGUGCUGCUGUUCAACAAUGGAGAGGAGGAUUUCCUGAAUGGCGCGUAUGCAUACAGCCAGCACCCAAUGUCUAAAUUCACGCAUACGUUUCUGAAUCUCGAAGGUGCCGGUGCAGGAGGCCGCGCUGUCCUGUUCCGUAGCACAGACACAGAGGUUACGAGAUUCUAUGGAAAAUCGGAACAUCCCUUUGGCACAGUCCUUGCGAGAGACGCUUUCAAACUGAAAUUUAUCCGCAGUGAAACCGAUUACCACGUCUUUGAUGGCGUCUUUGGCAUGCGUGGGCUCGAUGUUGCAUUCAUGGAGCCCAGAAGCAGAUAUCACACAGACCAAGAUGAUGCUAGGCAUACUAGUAUUGAUUCCGUUUGGCACAUGCUUUCAGCGGCCAUUACAACCACUGAAGGGUUGGUCAGUUACACCGGAGAUGCUUUCGACGGUGAUAGCGGAGAUGGUGGGAAACUCAACAACGGCAUCGGUACCUUGGGGGUUUGGUUUGACUUCUUCGGUUCGUCCUUUGCAGUCUUCCAGCUCAAUACUCUCUUUGGGCACUCGGUGGCCCUCUUGGUCGUCGCCCCUCUUCUACUCAUCAUCACGUCUGUUGCACUCUUCGCAGUUGACAAAAUGUACAUGUUCUCCAUGUAUACGUACAUAUCGGAAUCAGGUGGUCAAGUAUCGCUCUAUGGCUUACGAGGGAUGUUCCGUUUCCCCCUGAUCCUUGGUAUUAGCACUGCUCUAACCAUUGCUCUGUCAUUCCUAAUAAUGAAGGUCAAUCCUUUUAUUAUAUACAGCAGCCCGUAUGCAGUUUGGAGUAUGAUGUUGUCCACUUGCAUGUUCUUUGCAUGGUUUAUCUCCUGUGUUGCAGACUUUGCCAGACCAUCCGCGCUACACAGAGCAUAUUCAUUUUCUUGGAUGUUUGGCAUUAUGUGGGUUUUCCUUGUGAUAGCCACCGUUUAUCAGAAACAGCACGGCAUAGCAAGUAGCUACUUUAUUGUAUUCUACUUUGCCGGAGUAGCUGUGGCAACGUGGAUCUCAUAUUUGGAACUUUUUGGUCUGCCAAAAACACAGGAUUAUGCUCGUCGGCAGGGCAGCCUUUCUGAUCGAACACCUAGUUCCGACAGUCACUUUCUCGCUCCAUCUGCAGAUGAACUUCCAUCCAGCAGCAGUGCGGCAGGCCGAGAUUUUAACCCAGAAGAUAUUGAGGACGAGGAGCCUACAGAAUCCACAUCUCUCCUUCGGGGACAGCAGAGAACUACAUUUGCUAACUAUGCCAGUGCUAGAGGCAGCCAGGAGAGCAAUAUAUCCAACCAGGGCAACAAUUCGUUACACCCUAAGGACCACCGACUAGAACAAAAAUGGAGUAUCUACCUGAUGUCAUCGGCUUGGAUAUUGCAAUUCCUUCUCGUUGCACCUAUUGUCAUUAUUCUUCUUGGCCAGCUGGGACUUUUCCUAACAUCUGCAACAUACCAAAUCGGUGCCGAUGGAGGUUCACAGCUCGUUAUAUACAUCGGUAUCGCUGUCUUAUCUGUUCUCAUCCUCUUACCACUUUUCCCUUUCAUCCACCGAUUCACCUAUCAUAUCCCAACAUUCCUGUUGUUCAUCCUCAUUGGAACCCUGGUGUACAACCUAACAGCGUUCCCAUUCUCUCACAGCAACAGAUUGAAACUUGCAUUCGCCCAGGAAAUGGACCUAGCUACCGGGAACAACCAAGCGUCUCUUGUUGGCGUAGAACCAUAUAUCCAUGAUGCCGUUCACGCCAUCCCAUCCGUACAAGACGGGAAACUCUCCUGUACCUCCCAUGGCUACGGAGGCAGAACCAAAUGUUCCUGGCCUGGGCUCAAGCCAAAAGUAGCAGAAGGCCCCUACAAGGAUUGGGUCAGCUACAAUAUCUCUAAAACUAAAGAUGACAAAAUCACCCGCUUUGAGAUUUCUGGCAAGAAUACCAGGGCAUGCAAACUGCUCUUCGAUAGUCCCAUUGCUGAUUUCCACGUACAAGGAUCUGUUGUUGACAAACGUAUACCCCACACCGGGCCAAAAGGUGUUUCUGAAAUUCGGCUCUGGAGUCGAAACUGGGAGAACACCUGGACAGUUGAUGUGGAAUGGGCUAAGAAGAAUUCUGAACGCACAGGCAAGGUGAUGUGUUUGUGGAGCGAUGACAAUGAUCUUCAUGUCAUACCUGAGUUGGAUUUAGUUCGCAAGUUUGCCCCUUGGUGGGUUGCAAUUACGAAGCUGAGGGAUGGUCUCGUUGAAGGAAGUUAUUCAUUUAAGCUAUAG